AUGCGCCUGACCCAACGCUACCUGCGUGUCCCCGAGGGACACACAUUCGGUCAUGGCGACAAGAUGCACCUGCCUGCCUUCAUCCGUGCACAUGGGAAGCUGGACUCGGAGAAGCGGAAGAUGAAGGAGGAAGGGGUCGAUAGAGAUGGGACCCCAUCGUCUCAUGAGUUCGUGCUCCACGAGCGACCUCUGGCCGAUCAAGACCCAGACGGUGACGAGUCAGGAGGUGACGCGACAGCAGGUGACGCGACUGCAUGCUACGAGCUGUCGACCAAGUUUGUGCGGGAGGUUGUCAAGCAGCUUGAGAAGCGUCUGCGAGAUCUGUCUCACCUCGAUGGCUCGAAGCUCUUCUUGUCAUCGAAGUACCUUCACGACGAUGACAAGCGUGUCGCGGCGUUCAAGCGCUGGCUGAAGCAGCUCCAUGAGCUCUUCCGUGAGACCCUGCCCGGUUUGUGCUUCGUGGAUUCUGUGAAAUUUCUUUCUGCGCACACAUGA